AUGGGGGAGACACAGAAGGGCUUGUUCUCGGUCAUUGAGAAGCUGAAGGGAAGCACAGAGUUGGAAUUCCGGAUAGUUCUUCUCGGUCUGGACAAUGCUGGAAAGACCACGUUACUCAGACAACUCGCCUCAGAGGACGUUAGCACCAUCACACCUACGCAGGGCUUCAACAUCAAAAGUGUGACAUCACAUGGCAUGAAGCUCAAUGUCUGGGACAUUGGAGGACAGAGAAAGAUCCGUACUUUCUGGAAUAAGUACUUGGAAAACACAGACUUGCUGAUUUAUGUCAUUGACAGUGCGGACAAGAAGAGGUUUGAAGAGACUGGAGUGGAGCUCUCAGAGCUGAUUGAAGACCAGAACCUGAAGGGUGUACCCAUACUGAUCUUUGCCAACAAGCAGGAUCUGGCCACCGCAUCGCCUGCUAGUGAGAUCGCAGAAGGCCUCAACCUCCACACGUACCGUGACCGGGAAUGGCAGAUCCAGGCCUGCUCUGCUGUGUCUGGCGAGGGAGUCCAGGAUGGUAUGAACUGGAUCAGCAGCAACAUUUGUAACAAGACGAAGUGAAUGCAUAUUAUUUGUCUACAAUGUAUGUGUUUUUUACUCGCUACACUUUGUUGUCAGAGUCGCAGACUAUCUGUCAGUGCAUUACGAUUUUGUAUGUUUUUUGUACGAAGCUCUCUCAGUUUGAGAACACUACCCAGCCAUUACAAUAUGGAAUGAAAGAGUCCACCAAACAUACUGAUAUUUGGGCUAACAUAUAGUAUUGAAACCAAAGCCCUGCCACACAGACAGUGGGGGGAGUGAGUGUGCACUUGUCUUUCCUCAACAGCUUGGGGAGGUCAGGUUUUUUUCUGGCCUUUUUUAGAAUCUCACAUGGGUGACUCUCCCUGUGCACAGAUUUAGAACACUGUAAAAAACAGGCUGAAUGUUUUUUAAAUGGUAAUAUUUGAAUGGUGUCAAAUUCCAGUUUAUCUCUCAAAAAAAGUGUAUCGAAAAUGUGUGUAGUCUAGUCUCCACUAAUGUGUUGCUCUUUUACUUAAUCCAGCCUUGACCUUCAUUGCAUUAGCAUGUCUGAUUUAAUUAGUAGACUAGUUGUUUUUGU